AUGUCUCAUCAAGGAUCCGAAAGAUCUAGGUCGACGUAUCGUUCGCCGGACACAGAGAGGGGUUCAAGUCAGCAGUUUGGUCCAGAGGAAUGGGGUUCGCAGUUUGAUGAUGCGCAAAGGGAAGAGUCGUUCCCAGACAUGUAUGGGCCGGACAUGGUUAUGCCGGAGUGGUAUGUACCUGGCGCGACGCCAAGAUACACACCAGCGGGUUCAAAUCGUUUUAGUACACCGGAGAGUAUGUACCCGCCAGGGUUUUCACCGUUUGGACCGUACGCCACCUAUCCAACUCAGAACAUGCCGAGGGGAGACCAAGCGCAUGGAGAAGGACCGAGUGAGCAGAAUGUGCCGGAGACCCAGCAGACACUUAAGAUGGUCCAAGACCUCUUGAACCAUAUGAUCCAGCAACAGCAGCAGGACCAAGCAAACCGUGCAGCAGAAGAUCCGUCCGACCAGUUUCUAAAACGAGUGAUGUUGUUGCGAAACUUAGGAUUUCGUAAAUUCAAAGGAGACCCGAAUGUGGUAUUAGCAGACGCGUGGAUAAAAGACCUGGAGAAUAAUUUCGAGAUGACAAGGUGUCCAGAGGAGCUUAGGAGACUAGUAGCAGUUAAUUUCUUGGAAGAAGAUGCUCGUGCAUGGUGGGAUACCGUAGUUUCUCGUUACCGGUUCCAGACGAUAACGUGGGGAAUUUUUAAGAAAGAGUUCGAGGUGAAGUACUUUCCACCAGAGUCACGCGACCGGUUGGAGAAUCAGUUUUUGCAACUAGAACAAGGUGAAAUGACCGUUCGAGCAUAUGGGAGGAUUUUUACAAGACUUCGGAGGUAUCUGUACCAAGGAAAUGAUGACGAUGUUGCGGAAGUGGAAGAGAGAGCUGUGAGUGUUGAGGAAGCUAUCGAGAUAGAGAAGGAGAUUGCAGCUCGGGAGAAAAAGAAGGAAUCAGUCCAGCAGACUAAGAUUGUGAACACCCGAAAGGUGAAUCAAGUGGCAGGACGGAAUUGGGGCGCAGGCCGCGGAAAGAAUAAGAUGAAUGUUAGCCAAGGAGGUCGUAAUGUGAGCAACAUGGAUCCGAGAGGAUGCUAUGUGUGCGGGCAAGUUGGGCAUUUCGCUCGCGCUUGUCCGACUGUUGAGGAAACGAAGGGUAACAAUCUGUCGACCGUCACGUGUUUCUACUAUGUCGAGUUAGGACACUAUGCGAACUCAUGUCCGUCGAAGCCGGCCAAACCGAACGCCCAAACUGUGAACUGUGCCCAGACAGCGAACCAAGUGAAGGAACCCCCAGCAAAGAAGCAAGCAAUCCCAGCAAAUGUUUUUGCUUUAGGAGUAGAGCCACCCAAACCUCCACAGGCUGCGAAGGGCCCUAUAACAGGAACAUUACUUGUUGGUGGUAACCCCACACAUGUACUGUUCGAUUCGGGAGCGUCCAAUAGUUUUGUGACUCCCGAAGUGGUUGACAAGUUUGGAGACUUGUGUGAGGAGGAAGAGGUGAACAUCAACGUCUACACUGCUGGUAAUCAACCACCGCUGAAGACAAGAAGAUGGGUCAAGGAAGUGUCGAUAGUCUUGCAAAAUACGAACCUCCCGGUAAAUCUGUUGGUGAUCCCAUUGGAUAGGUUCGAUGCUAUUUUGGGAAUGGAUUGGUUAUCGGAACACCAAGCCCAUAUAGACUGCAGCAGGAGCAGAGUUAUAUUUGAAAAUGGAGGGAGGACCCCUCUAGUUUUCAAUGGGAUCAGCCCAAGUAAAACGGCAUACUUCGCAUCAACAGCAAGAAUUGGAAGAUCGAUUGAAGAGGAUGAAGUGUAUUUAGUCACUCUGACCGCCAUGGGAGGAGAUAACAAGGAAUGCAUGGAAUUUGAGGACAUUGCCAUAGUCAAGGACUUUGAGGACGUGUUUAGGCCAUUGGAAGGAUUGCCUCCACCAAGGAGCCAUCCUUUUACCAUAAAUUUGGAGCCCGGAGCUACCCCAAUUGCUAAGGCACCGUAUCGCAUGGCACCAGCCGAGUUGGCUGAACUCAAGUCUCAGUUAGAGGACUUGUUGGAGAAGGGUUUUAUACGACCAAGUUCGUCGCCAUGGGGAGCCCCAGUGUUGUUCGUCAAGAAAAAAGACGGAAGCAUGCGGUUAUGUAUUGAUUACCGAGGUAUCAAUAACAUAACUAUAAAGGACAAGUAUCCUUUGCCAAGGAUCGAUGAGCUGUUAGACCAGCUAAGAGGAGCAAGUUGGUUUUCAAAGAUUGAUUUAGCCUCCGGCUAUCAUCAAAUCUCAAUUGCGGAACAAGAUGUGAUGAAGACGGCGUUCCAAACGAGAUAUGGCCAGUAUGAGUUCGUGGUAAUGCCGUUUGGACUUACCAAUGCACCGGCGGCAUUCAUGCGAUUGAUGAAUGAAGUUUUUCAGGAUUACCUGGAUCGGUUCGUGAUAAUAUUCAUCGAUGACAUCCUGAUAUAUUCGCGUAGUGCGGAGGAGCACGCGGAGCAUCUGAAGAAGGUUUUGGAGAGGCUAAGGGAAAUGAAGCUAUUUACGAAGUUUAGCAAGUGCAACUUUUGGCAAAGGGAACUUGGAUUUCUAGGACACCGAGUUUUGGAGUAA